AUGCAGUCAUCUCAAAGAAUUCCAGUUACAGGGAGUGACAGGUCCUUGACUGGUGCAAAUCAGCGCAGCUCCGUUGAAGUCAAUGGAUUUAAAGUGCCGAAGGAUUUAGUCCAGAAUGUAGGGAACAUUUCCAGAGGAACUUAUAAUGCUUUGGGGAAGGGAGAAGGAGUAACUGAGCUCACUGAAUCGGACAAUGAGGAGGCGGAGAUAAAGAGCAUCCUAGAAUGUCUUGAGAACAAUGAUUUGUUGUCUGUGGAGCACCAGCUUCACAUCUUGAGAAACCUAGAAACAAAAAUCAAUGUUGUCAAUCACCUCAACAGUGACCUGGCCCAGCGGCUGGUUGACAUCACCUCCAUCAAUCUAAUCAAGAAUUCGGAGCUGAAGGAGGAAUUUGAGGAGGCUGCCAUUGCCAUCCUAAUGGCGGUUGGGAAGCACUGUCCAGGAGAUGUUGUGGCCAUGCUGCAGGAGAGAUUCCAGCCAAAAGUCCUGCCCCACCGCAGUAUCCUCUGUGCAAUGGAGAAGCUCUGUCAACUCAGUGUAAUGGCUCCCUAUAUAGGUGCAAUGUGGGACUGUGUCCUGCCAGCCCUGCCCCUAGUCCAGUCAGAAGAAUAUAUGCUGAUAUUUAGUGAUGUACUAAGAGAACUCUCCCGGUGUGCAUCAAGGUACCUGGCACAGCCACCACAGGGAGCUGAAGAGCUGGACAUUACCAGAGAAACUGCAGCUGCCAAAGCCUAUGUGACCUUCCUGGUGCUCUUCAACAAAUGGUUCCCAACUGCAAAGGGAACGGUGAUGGAAGCCACACUGGAUGUAAUUGGCCAACUAUUUUUCAUCAUGUCUAUUCAAACACUGAAAAAUCAUCUUCAGUGUUUGAUCACAGAACUCCUGCAUCAGUAUGGGACCAGGAUACAACAUUUUUAUGUCACAGAGUGCCUGUGCCAUCUUCUGGAUGCCGUACUGUGCCACGGGAAAUGGAGUAAGAGGUUGUACCAUAGUCUGGACAGUAUUCUCAGUACUCUAUUCACACAGGUUUGUGCUAAGACUGAAAUAUCUGAUACGCUAAGUAACUGGAACGAAACUUCUGCAUUGCGAGCCUUCCAGGUGCUGGGUCCUAUUUAUCAAGAGGAUAUUAUGGCUUUCCUCAGAAAGCCGAUGGAGGGUGCAGAAGAGGUGGAGUGCACUGCAGCUCUCACAGUCUUGAGAGAAGUUACCCAAGAGCCUCCCCAUAUGGACAAAGUAAAAGACACCAUGGUGCAAUCUGUGGCUCUCCUCAUACAGGAAAACAACUAUCAGGUGAAAAGUCCUCUCUUGCAGCUGAUUAGAAGUUUUGCAUGCUGUGGCUAUCUCAUCCUGCCAGGAGGCAGUGUACUUGUGGAUUUUCUCAUUCGGCAGUGUGAACUCCCUGUCUUCACCGUGAAUCCUGAAGGUGACUGGGAUGAAGAGGCAGUCCAGGUGUAUAGUAUCAACACCCUAAACCUGGUGCCCUGGAAAAUGCUAUUGCAGUUUGUGUGCCCUCUGGAGUAUGUCAACACUUUGAUCCCCAUCUGCAAAACCUUGACAUCUUUGUUCAUAAAGUUGGGGAAAGGAGGCCUAUCUCCUUACCUGGUGGAGUUCCACAGACAACCAACUGAACUCCCAACCCCUCAGGCACUCCUGCUACAUCUUUUGGUGAUUUCAUUGUAUCCCUACAAAGAUGGAGGCUGUGGGGUUGUUGCUCUCCAACUGCUGCAUGCUCUCCACCCUCUCAACUCUCUCCAUCCUGUGAUUCAUUCAGAUUUGGGACAGUUGUGGAUGGAGAUGAUUCCUGAGCUUAUACAAUAUCUAGAAGCACAUAAUGAAGGAACUCUGGAAGAGGAGAAAUGGAAGAACAAGCUGCUUCAGCUUUUAGAAAGGUCAGUGGAAGCCAUUAUGGAUGAUGCAUGGUCCUGUGAGCUCGCAAAUGAGAUUCUUGUGAAAAGCAAAAGCUAUUCUCAGAGGUGCCAAGAUAAGUUUUUCCCUUAUAAAUUUUAUGGGGCAGUUCUACGGGCAUCAAGAAACAGAGAUGUAGUGAGGGAGUACCUCAGCAUUAUACUGCGGACUUCUCAGCAGGAGGAAGCUGAGAGAGAGGGGAUUGCUUCUGCCAUCAGUCUCGUAGCUACUCGUCACCUCAAGGACAUCUUGGUGGUGCUUCAGGAAUUCAUUAACAUUCUGAACCCAGACGAAAGCUCACCCAGUGAGGAUGCACAGCAGAAUAAGUGGAGUAUGGCUUCCAACACCCUUCACCUUUGCUAUGACCAGGUGGCCAAGGAAACAAAGGACAAUAUUCUGCCCUGGGUGGACCACAUCCUGUCCCAAAUGUUAUACCACUACUGUCGCUACACUGCCUCAGCCACGAACUUAGGUCUGAAGCUGAGCUUUCUGAAAUCAAUGGCUGCAUUCACCAGAACUGUUGGCGACAUCACCCAAAAAGCAAAAGAAGCCCAUGAAUUCUCGCAGAAAGCUGUCAUUGUGGCAUUCAUGGUGAAGCUGAUUGAAGAAGAGUCAAUGAACUUGCUGUCUAACCCUGUGCGCCAGCAGGCCAUGAUUGUUGUCACGAACCUGAGAAAGCUGAAGCCACCACUAAAGUCUGAGAAGAAAGCUGUUCUACUCCGGGCAUGCUACAAAAGUGUCUUUUCUCUGCCUCCAAUGGAGAUCAUGUUAGCAGAGGCAUGUGAUAAUAUACAAUGCCAACACCCAGAGUCUCUGUACAAGGAAACUAUCGAUGCCUUGAGAGGAAUGCUUGAGGGUUUGGUAUUUGAAUGUCCUGUGGAGGCCCAGAAGAUUUUGGAGUACCUCGAGCCCUGGCUAAUCUCCAGAAAGGAUCAUGAGCGAGAACGAGCAAUGUGGUGCAGUGCCCGGAUCCUAAGAUGUGUGGCCAAGCUUCCCAAUUUUGACACGUCAAUUGAAUUCAGCAGACUGGGUCGCCUGGUUAGGCUGCUUGCCCUUCGAUGCCAUGACGCUGUGGACAAUAUCUGCUUCUUGGCAGCCCGGGCAGUAUACAACUUGUAUUGUAUCCAGCUGGUUAAAAAGCAGCUUGAGAAGGGACAUGGAGUGGAGAAGGUAGACACACUACAAAAUCUGGGAACAUACAGUCCUUCUGUGUUCUACAACAACACCUCACAAAUCGCUAAGGCUUUUGCAGAGUAUUUUACUCCACUUCAGCUAACAAACCUGGUUCUGACAGCACUUGAUGGCUUGACAGAUCCCAGGGAAAAAAUAUCUCGGGCAGCUGGAGAACUGCUCAGUGCGAUUCUGGAAGAACGGGGAGCUGACCUGGAGAAGGUAGAUGACACUCUGACUGGCAUUUACAAGCGCCUCAGCCUCAUCCAUGAACCCAUUACGAGGCAGGAAAUGUUGAGGGCAGUGUGCUUCUUGGCUGGAAACAACACCAAGAAAGUGGUGCCUAUCCUGUUGGACCACCAUCUCCCAUGGGACAGCAACACAACUGAGCUAUGGAGGUUCCUGGGCACCAGAAGAGAAACCACCCUCAAUGUUCUUCAGUUGCUGAUAACAAUCCUGGAGGAGAAACCAGUCCAAAAAGUCAAUAGCAGUAUCUCUGAUGAUGAGACAUCCCUCCAGCCUGUUGCUGUAACGUGUGCACUGUGUGAAAUGCUCUCUGUCCCUGGCUGCAGAGAUGCAGUGCAAGAACUUUACCCCAGCCUCUUAUUGGCAGUACUUAGUCAUGUCCAGCGAGUCAUUGAGCAGAACCCAUUAGAGAACAUUGUGGUCUACAGGAAAGAGUGUGGCCAGGGGCACAGGCCAAAGGCAUUCGAUCCUUCCAGCUGUGCUCUGGAGGCUGUAAAGACCCUCCUCUCAGGCGCUGGUUACUUCGAGGUGUUAGACUAUGUAGAGGAACACAGAGGGUGGGACCUCCUCUCCAGCUCCAGUGACUACUAUUGUGGAAUAAUGGAGAUCACAAGUGCCAUGGUGAAGCAUUUGAAGCCUCUUCAUCUGCACAGGAUUUUUAACAAGCUGAUCCCGCUGCUCAACAGUGAGAAUGAGCAUGAUAAAAUUAUGUCCAGGGCCUUCUAUGCUCAGCUUCUCUGGCACCGUUCUGUGGCCCAGAGUCUGGAACUCGACGUCUUGGCCCCACUAAAAAAAUGGAUCCAAGAGCCAAAUCCCAUCAUGAGGCUCCUGGGACUCAGAGGAAUUAGUAAUUUAGCUCUCCACCCAGGGAAGGCGACACAUCUCAGAAAUCACCUUCCAGUCCUCCGAGAGUUCCUAAAAGAGAAAGAGGAGAGGAUUGCAGAGCAGGCUGUGAAAGCCCUAAGAAAUAUCAUUUACUACAUGGAAGGGGAAGAGGUCAAGGUUGCAUUCUGCCAUAUCGUCCGGCCUGUUUGGCAGCUAAUUACUGAUGAGAGAGAGAAAGUGCGCAUUUCUGCCAUCAUUGCCUUUGGCAAAAUGCUGAAAUGUGUGAACAAAUAUAAACCUGGACCUGUCAUCCAUAAUGAAAUCUACUGUGCUCUGGUGCCUCUGAUGCUCGUCAUGCAGGGGAAUAAUCAUGAGAUACUAAAGGCAUGUGGAGACACCUUGGCAGAGUGUGCACAGGUAAUGGGGUGGAACCAGCCGAGAAACUUGUUCAGACAGAUGACACUGAGUGACCAUCUUCAGGUCUUGCAAGAGAUGUGCACAUUUCUGGUGAGGAAAUGCAGGAGAAUGGUGGGGGACUUCUUACUUAAGAGCAUAGCCUACCUAAAGAACCCUCAGCCCCUUUUACGAGAGGCAGCAGCCAGGUUUAUAGAGUUCACACUACAGAAUUUGAACUUAAUUCAAGUUGACAGAGAUGAUGUGAUGCUACUGCUCAAUGCUCUUGAUGAUCUCAAAUGUGACCCUGUAGCCUCAGUCUGCAUUACAGCUUUAGACACCAUAACAAAUAUUGAGACAGCUUGUUUGCCUGAAGCAGAGCCUCUUUCUGGAUUGAGGAGGUUUUUCUGCUCUCUGCCUGUUCAAAGAAAGAUGAAGAUUUUUAAAGACAGAGAAAUCCCAUUAAAGUUCAAGUCCAGCUCAAAGCAAUUGAGAGGCAAGACCGUCCCUGAAGAUACCUCAACAGCAGACCAAGAAGAAGGGGAAAAGAGCAUGAAACAGAAGCUAUGGAAGCUCACGAGGAAUCUGAAAAGGAAAAGACUCUAA